AUGCACAAUGUCUUAAAUCGAAUACAAACAACCUUCGGGUUCUUCACCACUUGCGCCUUCACUCUCGGUUCCAUAAUUGCCCUUCUAUCCGUCAUACCAUUUCCUGCUCCGACAGGCUCGCCUCACGCUUCCAUAUUUGUCCGGAAUGUUCAGGUCGUCAAAGGCCGUCCUCAUUAUUACUCCUCCAAACGCGAAGAAUAUGCCCAGAUCAGAUUCGAUCUUGACGCAGAUUUGUCGAGCCUCUUCACAUGGAACACGAAGCAACUAUUCGUCUAUGUGACGGCAAACUAUCCCAGUGGGAAGGAAGGCGAGGGACGAAUGUCCGAGGCCGUGAUUUGGGAUACAAUCAUUCCUGCAACACCCUCGCCAUACUCCUGGCAGAAUCUGAAGCAACACUACUCUCCUGAAAAGAAGAAAUCCGAAUCCAAAGGCAGGAAGGACUCCAACGCGCGAUCACAGUCCACUAAUCUCAUCAAACCGGGAGUCAUCUCGUUGAAGAACCAGAAACCCAAAUACCAAAUCACGGAUCCUAGUGGGAUCAUCAGCGAGAGAGCCAACGCUACAUUGCAAGUCAGCUGGAAUGUUCAGCCCUGGAUUGGAGCAUUGGUCUGGGAUAAGGGCACCCUGGGGGACCGAAUAGGGAAAUGGGACGCUGGCAGAGCCGGUAGAAGUGAAGUUUUCGAUUUCCCUCCCUUAAAGGGUACAAAGACAGGCGUCGUCAAAGACCAGGAAGGCCCAAAGACUCCAGAAGCUGGUUCAGCUUCUCCGGUCGUCGAGAUAUAA